CUGCCACUAAGUUAGUCAAGUGUACUAGGCCAUUUAGCGAAGGAAGAUUCGACAAAGCCCCGCGCUCGCUUAUCGAACCCUACAACUCCGUCUACUUCGUCCGACCUCAUCUGCAUUUGAAGCACGCCAAGUCGAAUUAUAAUGUCUGCAUCACUAACACCGGAGCAGCUGGCCGAGUAUCGCGAGGCAUUCAAAAUCUUUGACAAAAAUGGCGAUGGCCAGAUAACGGCCGAGGAGCUAGGAGAGAUCAUGCGCUCUUUAGGCCAGAACCCUACCGCGACUGAGCUGCAGGAUAUCAUCGCGGAGCUGGACAUCGACAACAGCGGUGCCGUCGACUUUGACGAGUUCAUUCGCAUGAUGGGCCAGAAACUCACCAGCGGUGGUGCCGAGGACGACGAGCUGCUCCAGGCAUUCAAAGUUUUUGAUAAGGACGGCAGUGGCACUAUCUCGGCUCAAGAGCUGAAAGAAUUGAUGAUCAGCAUUGGCGAAAGUCUAUCUAAAGAUGAGAUUGACGAGAUGAUUAGAGAAGCCGAUAAGGAUGGUGAUGGAGUUAUCGACUACAAGGAAUUCGUGCAACUUAUGAAGGAAAAGUGAAUGAAAAUUUGGAAAUUUGAAGAACCGACUUUUGAAAUGGAUAUAUAUGGAUUUAUUGGCUACAGGGGAUUGUACAUCUCUACGCUACUGAGCUGACAUUGCUGCUCAGCAAUUUGUAAAGUUGCCUUUUGCUAGUCUGGCAAGCAACGACGUAAGGGAAACGUGAAAAGUGAGAGCACUUUACACACUCAAGAAACAAAGGGAAAGAAAGAGGUGCUCAAACACGCGCAGCAUUUGCUGUCACUUCCUUGCUUCCGCCGCAUUCAGGGGGCGGCUAUUUGUUUCUCAUCCUUCUCCUGUGGGGGCCCCAUUGGAUCAGCUAGAAUUUCCGCUUCCAUACCUGAGACCUUUCCUUGAAGCAAUCCAUCAACGUCUACUUUGGGACCAACAUAAUGCUUGCGACCAUCGAGAAUCCACUAUUAUAGAAUUAGCAUUUCAAGGUGGAGUGAAGAUACAGGAAUGCUUACCGUGCCGCCCGAAAUCACCAGGAUUACUCCAAAAGCAGCGAUAGCAUAAUUCAUGUUCGACGAAGUGACGGGCGUUGCAGGGG